UAUCUUCAUUUAGCCGUUCAAUCUCUCUCCUCCUCCGUUUUCCUCACCGAAAUUCCAAUUUUCCGACCGCUUUCAAUGGAGACUCCGUCGUCGAUCAGGCGCGUUACAAGAUCUCAAACCCUUGCCGCCGCAAACUCCGCCAGCAACAGCAACAUUUCUAUCUCAAGGAAGAUUGAGGAGUGCGAUAACAAUGGCUUAUCGAAAUCGCUUCCGAGGAAUCGAAAGUCUCAAGAUUUGGCUGUAUCGAAAGGGCAAGAUCGAUCGGCGCUUAUCGAUAUUACUAAUGACUCUCCGAUUGUUGGGUUGGCGGCGGGGAAUAUGAUGACUCCGAUAUCAUCGGUGGCGGCGAAACAGAGAAGCUGCCGGCCGAAAAUGAUGACGCCAGGUUCAGGGGAAGCCUUAUUGAGAGGACAAGUGAAAACCCUUUUGCAGAGAGUUGAAGAAGAAGCUGAAAUUUCUAAGCUUACUUUAGAAAGGCGGCCGGUUGUUCAUCUUCAGUCGCCGAUGGGACUUGCUGCACCGACUCCGGCGAAUACGCCGCAGAUCUUGAAUUUGUCUCAGGAUGGGAAUCUUAGCAGUACCACAAAUGUUUCCAUUGCUGAAGAACAUCUGAUUUCUCAGGUGGUGGGUGAUAUUGAUCUUUUUGAUGAAAAGAAACAAGACGAGAGUCAAAUUACUCGGUCUCUAUUGCUUGAUUUCUCUGAGAAAUCGGAGAUAAUUGACGACGAUGAAGCUGCAUCGUCAGUUUGCUCCUCUGUUUUCACCUCGGAAGAGAAGUCGUCGCCUUCUCGGGACGACGACAAUUCAUCAAUAUGGUCCAUUCAAGUGAAUGCUAGUAGUCACGGUGAAGAUGAUGAUGAAGAGGAAGGCGAAGAAGAGCUGAUCGAAGACGAGGAAGAGGGAGACGUAGAAGGCGAGGAUGAUGGGUUGUUAGAUGAGCUAUGUAGGGGACUUAGUAAAAUUAGUGUGGAUGAGAAGGGGAAGGCUGAGGAAUUUGUCGGGAAGCACACGAGGUUUGUGUACGAUAGUGAAGAUGAAUUGAUUGAGGAAGUUUGCGAAGGGGUUUCACCGAACAUCCUCCGUUUAAAGGGGAUGCCAACACCGAAAGGGAAGCAUUUACGGUUUUCGACCGAGGACGAAGAAGUUGAAGAACCUUCUCAAUGAAGGGGUUGUGUUUUUUUUCUUUUUUGGUAAUGUUGUCAUUGGUUGACAACAACUUCAAAUUGUGCUUGAUUUUGUUGUUGUUGGCUCACAUUAUUCUUCUCUAAUAAUGAAUGAUAUCUGUGAGGUUUUGCAUCC